GCGAACCAGAGCGCACGCGCGAAGGGCUUUGUUAUUUUGUUUACAUCCCUCAUCGCCAUUCGGCGCCGAGCGCUCCGCCCGAACUGCCAAAACAUUGUGAAGUGUAGUGAACAAUUACUUACAUACGAAUCAAUCGGAUCAAGUUCUAAAAGGAUUGUUCGCUUUUACGGGUGUGUGCCUGCGAUGGGAUGGCGGCGGGCUGCGCGCGCGCCGCGGUCGCGCUGCUGCUGCCGCUGGCGCUCGCCGACGUUAUUUUCCGGGUGCCUGAAGUUAUGGUCCGACACGCAGCUAACACAAAAGCAGUAGGCACGGGGCGAACGAACGCGAGCCGCAACGACUCGGACGCCGAGGCCUACGAGGGCCUACUGGAGGUCCGCUAUGAGGAGUACUUCGUGGAACACGAGAUAUCAACAGCCGACGCUAGGAAGGCCGCCGUGGCGAUGGACUUGGAUAAAAUCCCGGAAACGCUGGCUGGCUGCGGCACCUGCUCCAAGCGCGAGCUGCAGUACUGCGAGACCCGAGUCCUGGCGGACCACUGCUGCUGCGAGCGGCAGGCCUUCCCGGAGCCCUUCCCCUGGCUGCCUCACACCUGCUACAUGGGCCCGGGCCGCUGCAAGCCGCUGAUGCACGACUGCGCCAAGUAUAAGAGGAUACGGGAUUGCUGCUGCUAUAGGAGGCUGGCUGAGAGAUGGAAGCACAUCCUCUCCAGCUCGGGCCGGACGGGCGUCAGCGGCGCGUCUCUUCUCCUACUGUCCAUGCUGCUGUUUGUGGCGUACCUGUGACAGCAGGCGCCCCCUCCAGCCCGCCUGCCCGUGCCAGUGUAGCCUCUAACUCCAGGAGAUAAGGUUCACAAUACAAUACGGA